AUGUUGCGCAACAACCUCAACUCCAGUCAAACCCCUGUGCGUGCUCUGCGACCAAGCCCUAUCAGACCUCGUGCAGGGCAAAGCGUGCCCCCCGGUGGAGCUCGCGUGACCCAAGGCAAUCGCUACAAUCCUCUUACGGGUGGAAGCCGCCUUCAGUCGUUGCUCACGCCUGACGCGGAACCUCGCAGGGAUCCGACCGGCGUCAAUGCCAACUUUUUUCUCCAGGACGACACUCUCACCCCAAUGGAGGUAGCGUUAACAGUUGAAAACGAAAACCAUGUUCCUGAGAGCAUCCAGGCCGCUGAGGACAGGGAAGGGCUGGAAGUCGCCGCGAUGUUUGCCCCUGGCACUCAAACCGACAGUGUCGCCCAGGUUGUGCAAGACCUUAUUACUCAGAUGAACUUUGACGACGACACCGCCUCCCUUGUCAAUCGGCUCUUAACGGUCCCUCGCGAGGAUCAAUGGAGUGUCUCAGUGGUGCUUGCGGUGGCCAACAACAACCAACUAGGAUUGAGACACCAUGCUGCAAUUGACGACGCCCCUGUCGUGGCCCUUGCGCCGCACACUUAUACUAAUACCAUACGUACAUUCCUCCGACUCCAGAUUCGCGCACUCCUGACUGUGGGAGACCUGCAUGCAUACUCCCAAACACGCACCACAGGAGGCCUACCCAUUGCCCGUUCCCCCUUGUUGUUGUUGAUGACGCGCCUGGCGGGUCAACCCGCAGCCUAUAUAACCGAACACCUUCCGACGGGCUGGCCCACCGAUCACUUGGCCAACCAGAGUGUGUUACAGAUGAUGAGAGUCUUGUUGAAGCAUGAGCGUGGUAUGCUGCGCAAUCUGCUCUUAUCAAACAUCAAAGAGUUCAAUCGCCACCCAAUUGAUGGUCCAGUGCCCAAGCUAUCCGAUUUGAUACUCAUUAUUGACCGACACAUGGGUCCAGCAGACGGUAUCAGGUCCGCUGAAGACAUCCAAGCGGAUUACACGGCCACAAUGAUGGUCAGAUUGGCCUUUAUUCGACUUCAGGUGGUUUAUCACUACUUGAAUCCGGAUCCAGCAACCAACUUGAGUCAAUGGGAAAUCAUUGAUCGGCAACUGGAAUUCCUUAGGCGUCAAUCGAUUCAUUACAAACAAGCGUAUGCACGUCUCGUGAUCCAGCGUGACCGAGACCUUUUUGGUGAUUUCCACUUUCAAGAUAUGGAAAGAGACAUGAUUGUUCUUCCAACUGAGAACGAGGUGCAACACAAGAUCACCAUGGCCGCUACUGCCCCGACCACGCAAUUCGCACCGGUGGAUCACGUUGUGGACAAAGCUGCAUUCAAUUGA